UAAAUAGUAUAUGUCAAUUGAGGCAAUAGGGGUGAAAAAUAGAAUAAGUAAAAAAUUAACUCUGAAGAAGGAAAAAAUAAUGUAAUUGAAUAUAGAAAAAGUGAGACGAAUAUAGAUAAAAAAGUAAGAUGAUAGCUAUAAACCCCAAUAUAUAAAUAAUUACCUUAAAUGUAAACUCUCCAGUUCAAAUAUGAUUAGCAAACUGGGUUAAAAAGAGGAGGAGAAGGAGAAUGAGAAAAAGAAGGAGAAGCAAUAGCAGCAGCAGCAAAAGAAGGAGGAGGGGAAGAAGAGAAGGAGAAAGAAGAAAAGGAAGAAGGGUUUACACACAGAGCAAUACCUGUAAUUGAGAAGCCCUCCUGCGGAGACAACAGCUUAUCAGCAUGGCUCAAGAGUUUGUGAACAGCAGAAUCCAACCUGGGAAAGUGGUUGUGUUCAUCAAGCCCACCUGCCCCUACUGCAGAAAGACCCAAGAGAUCCUCUCCCAAUUGCCUUUCAAACCAGGGCUCUUGGAAUUUGUCGAUAUCACAGCCAUCACUGAUACAAGCAUGACUCAAGAUUAUCUCCAACAGCUCACAGGAGCAAGAACAGUACCUCGGGUUUUCAUGGGUAAAGAGUGUAUUGGUGGAUGCUCUGAUCUAACAGAUUUGUGACAGAGUAGAGAGCUGUCGAAGUGGCUACCGGAUAUAAGAGCUCUACAAUAAUUACAAAGCCCCCAGGCUGAUGUCUCCUUGGGAGCUGGAUGGCAUUGUAAAUGAUGACAGGAUUUCCUGAUGGACGGAUCUGGGGCUGUUCUGUC